AGAGAAAUCCUGUAUUCCAGUGAUACACCAAAGUUUAUUUUCUUUUUAAUCAAAAAGGAUGCAGGGCAACAUAGUGGUGCGGACCCUGUAGCACCUGCUGAUCCCUCGGAGCCUUGACGUCAGCGCUGUAAAUGGUGGAGAUCUUCGGAGCGCGGCGGCAGUGGUGCCUACAGGCGGAGCGUCUGUCCAGCGCGCAACGCAGGCGGCUGUGGUGGCACCAGCAGCACCAGCAGCAGCAUCAGCGACACUCCCCCCCCCUCCCACCGACUUUUCGCACUCAUCCACACACCGCGAGGAAGGGGAUACACCGACACACACAGGUCGACAUUCUCCCCGGGUUUUGAACCCUUUCUGACUCUCCAGCCUCGCCAUGUCCUCUGCUGUCACCGAGACGGAGGAGUCGGCGCGCAGCUCCCCGCUGACGCCGCUGAAGCUGGUCGGGCUGGUAUGCGUCUUUCUGGCACUCUGCCUGGAUGUGGGAGCCGUGAUGAGCCCGGCGUGGGUCACCGCCGACGACCAGUACUACCUGUCCCUGUGGGAGUCCUGCUGGAAACCAACGAGCACCGAGAACUGGCAGUGCAGCAGCACGCUGGGCGCAGACUGGCAGGUUGCUACGCUGGCCCUGUUGCUAGGGGGUGGAGCCCUGGUGCUGAUGUCAUUCCUGGUCGCUCUGGUUGCUGUGUGCAUCGGCACGAGGCGGCGAUUUUACGGACCCGUCGCUUUCAUGCUCUUUGCUGCAGUUGUCCUUCAGGCCUGCAGUUUGGUCCUCUACCCCAUCAAGUUCAUUGAGAGUAUCAACCUGAGAAUCUACCAUGAGUUCAACUGGGGCUAUGGCCUGGCCUGGGGGGGAACCAUCUUCUCCUUUGGUGGGGGAAUCCUGUAUUGCCUCAACCCCAAGAACUACGAGGAGUACUACUAGGCCAGAUUCAAGCUGGAAACCUUACGAGUUACAUGCUGGGAGAGGUAUUCAGGGGGGCAAGGACGGGCUUUUCAGGGGUGGGGAGGGGGGACCUUUUAAAGGCUCAAUUACCAAAAACUGUAAGGAAUACUGUACAGUGGAUUUGAGCCAAAAAACUGUAUUACAGUUGGGAUGAAACAGGAGGUCAGGAGAUUUCUUCUCAGUCAACAAAAGCGUGAGCUGAGACUGAUGGGUAUUUGAACUGGCAACACUAAUGUCAGCAAGCCCGUCGAGGGGAGGGGUUUGGGGGUGGGCAGGGGUCUUACUGGUUUAUUCCGAGGACUUGUGACACACCUGGGACACACAACCACCUUCGUUGUGAACAAAACUGCAAGAACUACUCUUAUUAUGUCAGUAGCAACAACCCAACCUAUUGACUCUGUUACCUGGGAAACAGGAUAUCAGACUGGGAGGCUUUUACCGCACGUUUACACACGCAUGCACAUGCAAAAGAGGAGUGUAUACCUUCACCUGUCAACAUCAAAUACUCAAACUGGACGUCUUCAAAAAUCUAACCCCCAGUCUCUUGAUCCAUCAUCAUCGGUAGUACUUAGUCAUGGCAUUUUGUUUUCCAGAGUCCUCUGAAGUUCUUAAACUUUCACAAGGACGUGGAAGAGGAUCAGACACUAAAGUUGCGCUUCAUAACUUUUCAUAAGACAGAUAGAUUCCUCUUGGGGAGGGGAGGUAAGAGAGGGGAAUAAAAUAAAGACACCCGAUCAAUAUUCUGUUAUCGAGCCACUUGUCUGUUACUGUGGCAACCCACAGGGUGUGCACACACAGCUGUCAUGAUUGAUUAGCCGUGGUCGGAGGUGUGAGACGGGACUGCGCUCAGCUGCCUCCAAGGGUCUGCUAAAUUUCGAUUCUCUAUCGAGCCAAGUUUCUGCGCACCGUGAUGUUCUGAACAUCCUUCCUCCUCUGGUCCAGCACCGCUGCUUCAUUUCUUGGAUGGGAGUGUCUGUUAUUCAUACUACAGGCAGAUACAGUCUCUCAGUGGCCAUGUUUACAUGCACAACAGUAGUUAAAGACAGUUAGGAUCUCUGUUCUGAAUGUAAUUAUGUGAUUAUAUACUCAGCUGAAUUAAGUACAGUCACAGGUAGACUCCACUAGACUGUUAGCUAUGGAGCUAUGGAGUCCAGGGCUGUGUCCAAAUCCCUCAUAUUUACUGUGUGCACCAUACUCAAGGGUGUUGGUAUGGCCUCAGAACGAUUUGUGGACAUUAUCAAAUUAUCAAAACACAUUCAUAUUAAUAUAACAAAUUCUACAUUAUGAAAUUAAUAAUCCUUCUUUCCACUACGGAGUCCAAAAAGUUGGAAAUCCACCUCACAAUGUAUAUCUAAUGCUACCAUUCAGUGCCAGUGCAGGAACUAGUUUGUCCUUUAUGUAGUGAAGCAGAAAGUAAGGGUGUGGAGGUCGGCAUGGUGGAUGAACAUGUUGCAAGUCUGAUUUCCAUGUGUGGGAGCAGAGGUUGCCUCCUGUCACAGAACUCCUUGUCUUUUUUAUGGACUGUUAUACAGCCGUCCCCUCACCUUUGCCUCAGUCCACAAAUAACCCAUUCUAACCCACUCUAAAGCUUCUGAGAGCAAAGUAACAAUCCAAGGUAACCCAGAUGUGACAUGAAUGUAACAUUUUGACGAACACUCCUCUCUUCUCCCACCUGAAUGUUGGCAGCCAGACAGUGAUAGGAUACUGACUUUUUUCCAGUUAAAAUUGGCUGGUAUUCAAGCAGAAAAAACUAAGUAAGUCAAUAUUCCAGAAAGCAGAGACUUAAAAUAGUCUGGUCAACAAGUGAUGAAGGCAUGAAUACAAAUUUCCAGGUUUUUGGCAGAGAGAAGCAGUCUAAUCUGUUACACUGGGGGACUGAACCCUAGAUUUAAUGUGUUUAUCUAAACUGAGGCUGCAGCUAAAGAUCAGAUAAUUCUAACUGUCAUCUGCUUAUAAGUGGAAACUGAUAUUAUGUCUACAUACAAUGAAAGCCAAAGAAUUGAGCCUUGAGGCACUUCACAGUGCUUACACAUUGUGACUUAUCUAGUCAGCAAUACCUACACAGAGACAUCAUCUUCUAGGUAGGACCUAAACCAAUGAAAUGUGCCAGUAAUAUCCACAGAAUCCACAAUACAGAGAGUAUAGUUGAGGGACUAAAAUCUUAAUUUACUGAUGCUAAUGUGGUAUUCUACUGAGUUUAUUUUAAUGGAAAUAGUAAAUAAGGGUCUAUUAGCAACAUAUUAGAUUAUUAUUCUGAGAUCAUUUUAGUAUCUGAAAAAAAUCAUCAUAAGAGCAUUACUGUCAAGCACACAGACAAUUGCCUUAAUCCCAGUAUGAGCAAUUGAUGCAUCACUGUGUGCAUGUAAACACAGCCACUGAAGCUGAAUAUUUAUAAACCAGAUCAGUGUAUCUGCUGAGAAGUUCACUUCGUGUUUCAUUUACGCCAAACUGCUGUCUCCUUGUCUACAGUAAAUGUCAGGGAUCAGCACUGCACUCUGUCUGUGUAGAUUUUGGAGGAAAACAAGCCUGGCAUGCAUCUGUGGGCACAGGGAAAGGAAAUGUCACUAUCAAUGGAUGCUGGCACAGAUAUUGUUAAAUUGGGGAUUGUAUCUUAUAUCAAAGCAUCACCACUUCACAGAAAAGAUCAUUUAGUAAAAGCUGCUCAUUUGGAUUUUAACAGUAUUUAUCUCAUUCCCACUGUUUCCCCUACCCUUAGGGUUUGGCUCUAAUCAGCAGGUUGUUGACUGGGCACCUUGGAUCCUCUAUAAUUUCUGGGUGUAAAGAUGGAGGGAAAAGCAAAUAUUGUAACUCCUAUGCUUGACUUUAAACUUGAGAUUGGGUGAUAAAGCAGGUGAUAAAGCUAUUUUGCUUUCAUUGUCCAAAAACAUUGUGUCUCAGCUUCUCUGUGUGCUGAAUUACUUUCCUGACCCUGUGACCUCCAUUCUCCAUUCAGAACACAUCUGUAAUUUCAGAAGUGCACAGGGAGUUGAAUGUAAAAUAAGAAUUCACUGGCUGACAUUUUGGAGAUACAGCUGGCAUCUGAACUGUAUUGUCACAUAUUUACUGUGGAGCUGACAAGCAACCAUCACCCAAAAAUAGGAUCUAGGGUGCCACCCUCGCCACCUUAACAAAUGUAGAACUGUGCAGUCGCCACACGACUCACGCAGCUGACAGAAGUCCAUUCGCUUUAUAUUAACUGACACAGUGUUUUCCACAGACAACAUCAGUUCCUCUGCUGCUGAUGAGGAUAUGUUGUGUUUGUCUUUGUCAAUUCCGCCUGUCAGUACGAUACUACUGCUUCUAAAAUCAGCUCACUUUAACUACUUAGAUGUGAUGUGACUGGAAGAAGUAUGGGUAACACUUCAGAUUACAGCUGCAAAUGACGGUCUAAUUAUACAGGGUGUCAAUACUUACUGGGUACCUAUAUACACAGAUACAUUGGAGUGUGCAAGUGUACAAAGGGAUAAACAACUUACUGUGCUUGCUGUUUUACUUUUCUUAUGCAAUAUCUUUUUAAAAUAUUAAGUCCUUAUCAGUUAUUAACAUCAGGAGCAUCAAUUAUUAAUUUCUUUUGAGGGGGCACAGUUUCACAAUCCCAUGGCAUUGUCAUGAUUAGUUUGAAUUAAUAAUACAAAUGUACUUGCAACAUAGAUAACAUCUACAGAGGGGGCAAUUUGCUCUCUACUUUUCUCUCUACCAUUAUUGAUUUGGAUGUAAAAGACAAAGUCUAAAAGGUCCUGCAUACUAUACCAGUCUAUUGUCUUGAUGUUAAACUAAUUUGUGUCACUGUAAUAGAAAGAUAUACAGCAACACAUUUUGAACAUGAUUUGUAAUUAGAUAGUGAGCUUAAAUGUCAUUGCUGAGAUGAUGGUACGUCCUAAGAGUCCAAAAAAGCAAUAUAAUAUAGAAAUAAUCAUAUUAACUCAAAAAGUCUUGACCUAAAUAACCCAAACACGUGUAGUAUCACCCACAGUAGUGUACUUUAUGUGCCUGCCCACUCAUCAUCCCUUUGUCUCUCUGUAUCUGGUCUUAUCUGUUGCUGUCUUUAUCUCGUUUCAGUCCUGUCAUGCUGCUCUCUCAGGGUCUUGUCUGUAUGUCUCUCUCCCUCCUCCUUCACUGUUAUUUUUUGUGUUUGAUCUGUCUCUCUUCCCUCGGUUUCAUCUCCCAUCUUGUGAUAAAGGUGCUGUGUGGAAAUUAAAUACAUUAUCAUUA